AUGCAGUUUCGCCUCUUCCCCUUUGCCUUGAUCAUCCUGAACUGCAUGGAUUACAGUCAUUGCCAAGGCGGCCGCUGGAGACGCAGCAAGAGAGCGGGGGGGCGGGCAGAGCAGGCUAACUAUGGACCAAAUCCAAUAUGCAAAGGUUGUUUGUCUUGCUCUAAGGACAAUGGAUGCAUCAGAUGUCAGCAUAAAUUGUUCUUCUUCCUACGAAGAGAAGGAAUGAGGCAAUUUGGGGAAUGCUUGAAUUCUUGCCCGUCGGGGUACUAUGGUCUCCGAGCCCCAGACAUGAACAGAUGUUCAAGAUGCAGAAUAGAGAACUGCGAUUCUUGCUUUAGUCGAGACUUUUGCACCAAGUGCAAACCUGGAUUUUAUCUCUACCGAGGUCGUUGCUUUGGAGAAUGCCCGGAUGGCUUCGCGCCUUUAGAAGAAAUGAUGGAAUGUGUGGAAGGCUGUGAAGUGGGCCCAUGGAGUGAGUGGGGAAUUUGCAGCAGAAAUAACAAAACAUGUGGAUUUAAGUGGGGUUUGGAAACGAGAACAAGGCAAAUUGUGAAAAAGCCAGCAAAGGACACAAUACCAUGCCCAACCAUUGCAGAGUCCAGAAGAUGUAAAAUGGCCCUGAGACACUGUCCAGGAGGAAAGAGGACACCAAAGGCAAAGGACAAGAAGAAGAAGAAAAAGAACCUGAUGGAAAGAGCACAGAAGCAGCACAGCCGUUUCUUGGCCACAGACUGAGCUAGUCAAUAGAGACUUUUUUCGUG